AUGUAUCCAAUAUGUGUACAGUAUUUUUCAUUUACUGAUGGACGUCAAACAAAACUCUUAGAUUUUUUUGAAGAACCGUCUGAAACUGCGGAGUCAAUAUGUAAAUCAAUAACUUCAACAUUAAGUAAACAUAGAUUAUCCAUGUCUUCUGUUUCAGCAUUUAGUGCAGAUAACACCAAUGCUAAUUUUGGAAAACAUAAAUCUGCAUAUACACUUUUACACAAUGAAAACAAUAAAUUAAUUAAAUCUGGUUGUUUGGCUCACAUUGUUAACAAUUCUUUUAAACAUGGCUUACAAAAAUUAGACUUUGAUAUAGAAACAGUAGUAUUAAAAAUAUAUAGUCAUUUCUCUUCAUCUGCUUCAAGAAGAGAAAAUUUAAAAAGUUUUUUUGAUUUUGCUCAAGUUGAUUGGGAAGAACUGGUGAAACAUGUACCAACUAGGUGGUUAUCUCUUGGUCCAGAAUUAACUGGGAUUGAUAUUGAUUAUCAUUCAACAUUAUCUCACCAGGAAGAAACCAUAGCACAGACUGAAUCAACAAACUGCAUUGAUUUGAAUAAUAGUGAAGAAUCAUCUUCAUUGGCAGCAUUAUUGGUAUUACCGUUUUUGUUUUCUCCAGUUAGUUCAAAAAGAAAAAAAGGGAGUACAGUUUGUUGGAGACCAUCAAAAAUUGAGAUGCGAGAUGGCUUUAUUCUUCAUAUUAGUUCUUAA